ACAGAGAAUCACUAAAACAACAAUUAACAUAUGCUAAAUCAGAUCUAAAACUGAAGACAACCAAAACCACUUCAACUCAAACGCGGCAUCAAACAAAACACCAACUGAUCAAUGGCAUGGCACUCUCUCUCUACUCUCUACCCAUCUCUCUAACCAUCCUCUCCACUCUCCUCAUCUUCUUCAUCAAUCUCUCCAUCCCUCUCAAACCCCCAUCUCAACUCCCCCACAGACUCCUCCUCAACUCGCCCCACCAGUCCUGCUCCUCAAUUCUCGACACCCCCCGACUUUUCCGCUGCCAAUUCUCAAUCCUCCAUUGUUCUCCCUCGAAUGGCCUUAUCAAUUACUUCUCCCUCCAUUUCUGCGUCUUCAGAGAAACCCCAUUUGUGUCCAUCGCGUUUCUUGGGCUCUGCGUGUUGCUGCAGUUCUAUGUGCUUGUCAAGACGGCUCAAUCGAGAUUCUCUGUGGUGGUGACGAAGCUUGUGGGGCAUUUGAGCUUGAGUGAUUCAAUGGGGGCUGUGACUUUGUUGGCGCUUGGGAAUGGGGCGCCUGAUGUGUUUGCUUCUGUGGCUGCUGUGGGAGGGGGGCAAGCGAGAACUGGAUUUGGGGCAAUUCUGUCUGCUGGGACUUUUGUUUCGGCUUUCGUGGUGGGGUUUGUGGCGAUUUAUGCUGCUCCGUUUAGUGUUUUGCCUGGACAGUUUGUGAGGGAUGUGUUGUUCUAUUUGACUGCUGCUUUGUUUCUGUUUUAUGUGUAUCUUAGUGCGGAGAUUUAUCUUUGGCAGGCGGUUGGGUUUGUUGCAUUUUAUUUGUUUUUUGUCGGGGUUGUGUUUUGGAUGGAUUUGGGUAUGGGGAGGGGGAAAGGGAAGGGAGGUGGGGGUGAGGAUGUUGGCAAGGGUUCGGUGGAAGUUGUUGUGGAAAAUGUGAGGAGUUUCGAGGAAGGGAAGCCUAGGUUUGGGUUUGGGCAAGCGUUUGAUCAGGUGUCAAAGGUAUGGGCGGUUCCAGUCUCUCUACUUUUGAAACUGACUGUUCCCGAACCUUCACCUUCUGAAUGGAGCAGGUUCUAUCGAUCUGCCAACAUUGCGCUUUGCCCACUUCUCCUUUUGUAUACUUGCAAAUCAUUCAUGCCUUUAGAUCAUCCCGUCACGUUCCUUCUUCCAAGUACUCAUUUUCCUCUUUGGUCAGUUGUACUAAUUGGAAGCUCAUCUUUAGCGGUUCUCCAUUACACUGUCGAGAAGGACCCUCCAAAGAGUGAACAAAUGCCUAUAGUGAUUGCAGCAUUUGUCAUGAGUGUGUUCUGGAUUUCUACUGUAGCCGGAGAACUUCUGAACUGUCUGGCAGCUCUCGGGUCACUUCUCCAGUUGCCACCUGCACUCCUUGGAUUGACUGUUCUAGCAUGGGGAAAUUCAGUUGGUGAUCUUGUAGCUGAUGUUGCCGUCGCAAAGGCAGGCCAGCCGGCUAUGGCCAUGGCAGGGUGCUUUGCUGGUCCUAUGUUUAACAUGCUUUUUGGGCUAGGAACGGCAUUGGUGAUACAAACAGCUAGUGUUUAUCCUAAAGCUUACGAGCUACAUUUCCAUGUCAGUAUAGUCGUUGCUUUCAUAUUCUUGCUUUUAAGCUUGAUGGGUUCGCUCCUAGUAGUUACUUGGUGCAGGUUCCGUGUGCCAAGAUUAUGGGGAUUUUGCCUUGUCGGUCUCUACAUUGUAUUUAUAAUAGUGAGCCUGAUCAUUGCGAAAUUCUCAAUCUGAUAUGAUAAAGAGAGUGGCACCUGUAUACAAAUUGGUAUCAUAUUGAACCAUUAUUAUCAUCUGCAAAGUUAGCUGGUCAGCCAGAUUUUGAAUGCGGCUAAUUUUGUCCGACUAUCAGAGGACAGUAGUAUGAAUACUUACACGAAACUAGGUAGUUUAUACAUUUGAUAAUUUAAUUGUACUAUAUUGUAAUUUAAUUAUAUAUUAUGUUGCCAUUACUACACAAUUCAAAAAAUUUACAAUUUAGGGGUCUUGAGCUAAUAAUAUUGUUAUUUCUUUUUCUUC